AAAAGAAUCAUGCCUCCACGUCGUCCUCGAAUCCCCGCGGCCACCCGUUCUUCAACGCGCGCGAGACCCACCAGUCAAACUUAAAACGCAUGAUCUACCGCCCGCACCGGCACCCCAUAUAUCACACGCACACCUAAGCAUCGAUCGAUUUAGGCACUUAUCCUAAAACUGCCAUGCCGCAUGCGCCGCGCUGCUAUUAAUUGAGGUGCCGGAGGGGUUGGCUAUAUACAGGCUAAAGCCGGGUCGAUUACCCGGUAGUUGCGGACCAGCAUUUUGGCUAGAUGAUGGGCUUCGACGACACGUUGCGAUGAGCAUUCGUGCAUCAUCGAUGGAUUGAUCAGUCAAGAUCCGGAGUUAGUUGUCUUGAGCUGUAAAUUAUCGUCUGCAGGAGCCUGAGCUGGGAUUGAAACGAGAGCGAGCAAUGGCAGAUAAGCGCGCCCAUGAUGCGGAAGCGCAACGCCCAUUUCUGGCGGGAGAGUCGAGCGAGGAUGUGCUACUAAAGAUGAAGGUAGAAGAAGAUGAGCCCAGUACGAGAAAGUGGACGGCGUGGGUGAGGAUUCUGGCGGAAGUUGUAAUGGCGGGUGCGAUUGUAGCGUUGCUUCUUCGAGGAUGGCAGCGGGGGGAGGCGGAUGGGAAGAAGCCAUCGCCGGUGCCGACGUGGCCAAAAACGACGGUAACGUUUCAGCCUAACGAGCGGUACUUGCACGAUGGGAUGUUUGCGAACGAGUCGGCAGCGCUGGAGACGCUGCAUAACUGGAUUGAGUUGAGCGCUGAUGGGAGGGGAUAUGUCAAAAUCGAGGAUGCCGAAAAGUAUGGACUAGGGAAAGGGUAUGAGAUGAACGUCAACAACACCCACACGGAGCCGGCAUACAUGCUUUCCGUAUUCCACCAGCUGCACUGCCUGUCAUACCUCGCGGUGGCCUUCCAAACUGCUUUCACGGAUAAGGUGCCAUCGAACGAGGUCGCGUUCCACUCUGUGCACUGUUUUGACUAUAUCCGCCAGGCCAUACUGUGUAAUGCAGACACGAGUCUGGAGGGGGAUACGGGGCAUCCGGGGUGGGGCGGGGUGCAUCAGUGUACAGAUAUUGAUAGGUUGAGGGAGUGGGCGAACCAGAGAGAUAUAUAUAAAUAUCGUGGCACUAUGCCGUCGGAUACGGUGUUGUGAAGGAGGGGGGGGGGUUCUCACGGCUAGAGAAGUGUAUGGGUCGUGGUCUGGGCGAGUUUUGUGGGUGGGACAUCUCGUCCUGGUCCGGUGUCGACUAUCGGAUGAUAAACAUAAGUUCGUUUGUUUCUAGUCCGUUGUCACAACCGGAGUUCACUGUUUGUUGUAAAAACUAAAGAAUUCAAGGGGAUAGUAGCAUUUUUUCCAAUUACUACAAUAUGGCCAAUUCUAAAAUAGAGGCAUGAAUAAUGGG